UAGUUGCUAUCCUCUGGCAGAUACAGAGCGACCUGUGAGCGACCUUUUGCAUAUAUGACCUUUUGUGUUUGUAAAAAACUGAGAUGUCUGCAAUUGUGAAAGUUGAAAUAAAUCAAGAGGAAGAAUUAAAUCAAUUCAUUGAGGAGAAUGUUUUUCUUAACAAUGAUGUUUCUGAAACAAUAAAACUGGAACUUGGGGCGACGAAUUCUUCUGUGAGACGUAAUUGCGAAGAGGAAAGGAAAGCACAGCAGGAAAAUGAAUUUCUUGGUUUCAUUGAAGAUUUCCCAAAUACUAAUCUACCGCAAAUUUCAAUAGGUUUAAGUUGUAUCCAGUGUGGUUACACAACCGAUAGUGAACCCCUCUUGAAACGACAUCUAAUAUCACACAAAACCGCAAAGGAUUUCAAAUGUAAUCAGUGUGAAUACACAACCAAUUCUAAAUCCUACUUGGGACAGCAUCUCCUGACACACCAGGUUUUCAAGCAUUUGAAAUGUGUUCAUUGUGAUUACGCAACCAAUAAUAAAGGCCGCCUUAGAGAUCAUCUCAUGACGCACAAGAUUUUCAAGGAUUUAAAAUGUACACAGUGUGAUUAUGCAACUAACAGUAACCGCAAUUUGAGAAUUCAUCUGCUAAUACACGAGUCUUCCAACCAUUUUAAAUGUGCCCAGUGUGAUUUUGCGUCCACUUACAAAUCUAAUUUGAAACAACAUCUGUUAUCACACAAUCCUAUAAAGUAUUUAAAAUGUGCACAGUGCGAUUACUCGACCAAUUCCACAGCCACCUUUAAAAUCCAUCGGCUAAUACACAGCCCUGUGAAGGAUUUGAAAUGCAAUGUGUGUGAUUACUUGACUAAUAAUAAAUACUAUUUAAGAAGGCAUUUGUUAACACAUAGGGCUGCUAAAGAUUUCAGAUGUGCUCAGUGUGAUUACGGAACCAAUAAUAAAUACACCUUUAAAUCACACAGCCUGAAACACCAGACUUUCAAGGACUUAAAAUGUGCACAGUGCGAUUUCGAAACCAAUAUUAAAUCCAACUUUACACAGCAUCUCCUGACACACAAGACUUUUAAGGAUUUAAAAUGCCAUCUGUGUGAUUACGUAACCAAUAAUAAACGCAACUUAAGAAGGCAUUUGCUAAGACAUAAAGGUGCUAAGGAUUUCAGAUGUGCUCAGUGUGAUUACGCAACCAAUAAUAAAUCCAACUUUAUAUCUCAUCUCCUGACCCACAAGACUUUCAAGGAUUUAAAGUGUGCUCAGUGUGAUUUCGAAACCAAUUAUAAAUCUUGUUUAAAAAAACAUCUCUUGUUACACAAGACAACGAAAAAGAGUUAAAAUGCACUCAAUGUGAAUACGCAAAACAUUAUUUUAAUAGAAAUCUGUUACACUGUAUCGAAUGUUAACAUACAUUAAACAGAAAUCGCCACUGCAUGUCAAAUUCUGUUAAGUAGAAGUUUUGUUAUGCUAUUGUGAGGUUUAUGGUUCAUAAACUACCAAAAUUUUCACUUUAAUUGAAUAUGCUUCGCUAAAGUGUUACUCUAAUUCAAUUUCGUGCAGAAGUUUAAAAGUUAAAAUUGAUUUGUGGUUUAGAUGUAAG